AUGGAUGAUACAACGGCCUUGACCUUGACGUCUUUGUGUCCACUCCCACUUCAUCGGCGAGUCCGGUGUCUCCAGAGGCUUCCGGUGGUUUAUCAGUCAAAUUAUUUCCUAUCAGCGCUCCUUAUAUUUCUCAUGAUAGGAAUAAUACAUCCUGUCCAAAUCUUGUUAGGCUUCACGGCACUGGCUCUCAUCUUUGGUGUGUUUGUCUACUUCACCAAUAAGCAAUAUAAGGCUCGUCGCUUCAAGCAUGACCACCCAGUGUUUUGCGUUGCUGCCGUCGUCGCUGCAGGAUACUUUGUGGUGUACAUAUUUGGAGCCGUCCUCGUGUUUGUCUUCGGCAUCGCUUUCCCAAUGUUGUUAAUGCUGAUUCAUGCUUCACUGAGGUUGCGGAACAUCAAGAACAAGCUGGCCAAUAAGAUGGAGUACGUGGGCUUGAAGCGAACCCCGAUGGGACUGAUCCUGGAGGGACUUGGCCAGGAGCAGGAGGCGGGCUCUUAGGCUGAUUGCCUGACUGUGUCUUUGUCUCUCUGCCUCAGUGCU